GAGUUCCGGUUCACCCAGCAUUUCCUCCUCCCUGUUUUCUUUCGUCGUCGUGGGUGGGAAUUGUUGCCUAAGUGCUUCCGGGUUGGUGGAUGACCUUGAGCCCUCAGGAACGAGAUGGCGGUUCUUUGGAGGCUGAGUGCCGUUUGCGGUGCCCUAGGAGGCCGAGCUCUGUUGCUUCGAACUCCAGUGGUCAGACCUGCUCAUAUCUCAGCAUUUCUUCAGGACCGACCUAUCCCAGAAUGGUGUGGAGUGCAGCACAUACACUUGUCACCGAGCCACCAUUCUGGCUCCAAGGCUGCAUCUCUCCACUGGACUAGCGAGAGGGUUGUCAGUGUUUUGCUCCUGGGUCUGCUUCCGGCUGCUUAUUUGAAUCCUUGCUCUGCGAUGGACUAUUCCCUGGCUGCAGCCCUCACUCUUCAUGGUCACUGGGGCCUUGGACAAGUUGUUACUGACUAUGUUCAUGGGGAUGCCUUGCAGAAAGCUGCCAAGGCAGGGCUUUUGGCACUUUCAGCUUUAACCUUUGCUGGGCUUUGCUAUUUCAACUAUCACGAUGUGGGCAUCUGCAAAGCUGUUGCCAUGCUGUGGAAGCUCUGACCUUUUUGACUUCAUACUUUGAAGAAUUGAUGUAUGCCUCUUUGCCUCUGCUUUGUCAUGCCAUUAAGCUCACAAUAAGGAAGAAAUAACAGAUAAGUCCAUUGGUGGACAGCCUUCUUCUCUUAAUCACAAGAUUAUUUUCAGAAUUUAAUCUUUGAGGAAAGGGUUUGAGAGGAAUUAUAUCUCAGUUGUGAGACUGAGUUCUGUAUUCUGGUGAGUUAAUGGGGUUGCCUCCCAGCUUCUUAUAAGACUCACAGUAUAACUAAACAUGAUAUAUCAGCUUUUGCCUUUUAAUUUAUCAAUCUCUUAAAGAGAAUCCAACUUUAUUACGAUUAGUAUAUGAUCAAACUUCCAUAUUUGCCUUGGGAAUAAUGGACAAAGGGAAAUACUCUUAAUCCAUGCAUAAAAACUUUGCAGAAAAUUAGACAGUGUUUAAUUUUCGAAAACUUCCCUCUCUAGACAGUAGAUACCACCUGCUGAUGGUUACAUAUACUAGGGAAAUUUUAAAAUUAGGAAAUGCUGAUAGCUCAUAUUAUAAAUUUCUAAAUCCUAGGAAGAAACACUUGGAGUGCUUCUGAAUAUACAGAAGUUCCAUUUAAGGGCAAGUUUCCCCAUAGAUGUAUCAAAAUACUACCAACUGUAAACUGAGAUUUAAUUCUCAAAUGUAUUCUACUUGUUCUAAAACAAUCUGUCCACAAAUAUGAAACUAUAAGUAAUAAAUUGUUAUUUUCGCACAAUGGGAAUCUCUAAUGUGAAAAUGUAUUCUAUGAAAAUAAUUUUUUUAAAUAAAAUGUUGUAUAAUAAAA